GGGGGGCGGGCGGGUGGUCGUAGGAGAGGCGGCGGCGGCGACGCUAGGGAGCGGGAGCGGGAGCGGCCCGCGGCGGCCGCAGGGGCCGGACCCGGGGCCGAGGAGGCGGAAGAGGCGGAGGACUCGCAGCCCGGGAGCGCCGGGCACGCGGGGGAGGCGGCCCCCUCCCCCGACUACCCCAAUCCCGGAGGCCGCCCCGAGGAGGGGGCUUGGGGGGAGCCGCCCCCGGGCCCCGGCGUCAUGAACUCCAACGUGGAGAACCUGCCCCCCCACAUCAUCCGUCUGGUGUACAAGGAGGUCACAACGCUCACCUCGGACCCCCCUGAUGGCAUCAAGGUCUUUCCCAACGAGGAGGAUCUCACGGACUUGCAGGUCACCAUCGAAGGCCCAGAGGGGACCCCCUAUGCAGGAGGCUUGUUCCGAAUGAAGCUGCUCCUGGGCAAGGACUUUCCCGCAGCCCCCCCCAAGGGCUUCUUCCUCACCAAGAUCUUCCACCCCAACGUGGGGGCCAACGGCGAGAUCUGUGUCAACGUGCUCAAAAGAGACUGGACGGCCGAGCUGGGCAUCCGCCACGUGCUGCUGACUAUCAAGUGCCUUCUGAUCCACCCGAACCCCGAGUCGGCGCUGAAUGAGGAGGCUGGCCGCUUGCUUCUGGAGGACUAUGAGGAGUAUGCAGCUCGAGCCCGGCUGCUGACAGAGAUCCAUGGCGGGGCUGGGGGCCCUGGGGCUGUGAGGGCAGCCAGGGGUGGUCCUGGGGGAGCUGAGGCUGGCCCAGCAGAGGCGGGCGCCUCCUCCUCAUCCCCGCCGGGCCCUGGGGCCGAAGGUCCCAUGGCCAAGAAGCAUGCUGGGGAGCGAGACAAGAAGCAGGCCGCCAAGAAGAAGACGGACAAGAAGCGGGCUCUUCGGAGGCUGUAGGAGGCCCCCACCCACCCCAGGAGGGCGUGGGGAGGAGGGGGCAGCUUUUGUAUCUUACUAAGUUAUUUAAAUUAUGCUGGGGAGGGGGGCAGUGGGAGGGGGGACUGGAUUUUUUUUCUAAAAUAAAGUUGAAAAAGCAGCA